AUGACUGCUAAAAAGAAUAAACAGACUAAAAUAUCUCUUCCGUUGGACUUAGAAAACUGUGAGAAGUUGGAGCAUGUUAUGCCUCCUCCUAAGAGCAGGUCUUCAUCUAUCACUUCUAUUGAAUCCAAUGGUACUGUUGAGUCAUUUUUAAAGCCUCCUCCGAUGAGGGACUUUGACGAUUUGCAUGCUUUUGAAUCGUACAUUAGAGACGAGACAUGGGAUAAUGAAUUCGAUUACUGUCACGCCCAUUUGAGUUACUAUCCUCCUUUCGUUAUGAAGGAAAUUCGUAACAAUAUGGAUAAAAUAAAACCCACUAUGAACAAAAAUUCAAGAAAGUUUAGAAGGAACUUGCAACACCAUGUCAAAAGGCAUUUGAUGGCUGAGAUGGCCAAAUGCUCAGGUUAUGAAAUGGACUUUAAUAAAAUUGGCAUGGAGGAGAGUCCGAAUAAAAUCACCUGGAAAUAUGAGGACUCUGGUCUUCAUGGUCUUCCAGAAGAAGAAGAAGACUUAUACGGAAGACACUGGAAGUUAAUGUUAGAAGUAAGUUGUAAUAAUGAAAGUCCAUUAGUUGAGGUCGAUUAUAGGGCUAUGCCGAUAAUGUGA